CUCAGACCACUGGCUAAUACCAGAAAUUCACCCAUGAUAUUGGGUAUCUGCCCUUGCGUCAGCUGCACCCCACAAUGCGCUUUCGCAGAUAUGAGCACUGCGGAGACUUGCUCACCUGCUGGUAUAACGCCGACUGAUAACAGCAUAUUGUUGCGCUGGUCCCAGUCUCAUUCUCUUGUGAUCACACGGCGCCAUGUUCGCUUUUCUUGCAAUUGUACUGUUCGCACCAACACAAUUGCAUGCUCUGCUGCAUCAUCUCGCAGUUGGUACCACGAACGGACAGGCUUUGUACUCGCUGGAGUUGGACGAUGAGUCCAGGAUGGUAUACGCUAUCCAGGCGAGAGACGCGAGUGGACCGUCGCCGUCUCUGGCUCUCGAUCGUUCAAAGCAGCACCUCUUCAGCAGCCGUCCGCAAGAUGGAACCCUGACCCGCCAUUCCAUUGCCCCAACAUAUGAGCUCAUCAGCGAAGGAACUAUGGAAAUACCAUCAUCUUGUAACACUACUAGCUUUGAGUCCCUCAAGCUGAGCUCUUCGACUCAGAAUACGGCGAUAUGGGGUACCGCUAGUACUGGUACCUGCAGCAUUGUAUUUGGUCUGACGCCAGACGGUUACGAAACCCUACGCUCAAAAGAAAUCGCCGGUGAUGUGCACUCUAUCGCUUGGAGCCCUAGCGGUCGCAAUCUGCACGCGCUCGAUUCACACAGUUCCCAGCAGCUUUCGACAUCCAUUUCUAACUUUCGCAUAUCCGAGGACCCAAGUUUGCAGGACGUGGUUGGUGUUGACAUUCUUGGUAAUGUCACGAACGCUUCGCAGAUUGUCGCGCACCCCACAGAGACCUUGAUGUAUAUCGCUACCAAGGACGCAAAUGUGCUAGUCGUCUUAUCGUUGGCAGGUGACACUCUUAUGAACAACUCUACUGUUGUCCUACGAUACAGGUUGCUACCGUCUUCUCUGGAUCCGACAGAGUUUCAUACCACAUCCCUGGCCAUUUCCGCCUCCAAAGCCACUCUGUGGACACUUUCACAGUCAUCUCGCCAAGCGGUCAUCACAUCUUUUACUCUCAACGUCACAACAGGCGAGGUAAUAGAUGUCGCUGCGCGAGCUAGCUGGCAGGGAUUUGGCGAAGGUCAGCUUACGGCAGCACCGUUCGUUGGUGGGGAUGUGGUCGCUAUCGCAAACUCUCCAACUGGGUAUAUCACGGUACUUGGUCUCGACCGAGCCGUAUUCGAUACCGCCGAUGUCGUCCAGGAUUCUGCUACCCACAAUUACUUACGUCCAAUGAUUGUUGAGAACAAAAGAAACAAAAGCCUGCACAUGGCUGCAUCAAAAAUCAAAAGCUACGGCCGUGCUCUCAUUGAUGAUUACAUCAGCUUGGGUGAGAGUAUCUGGAUCGACUAAGACCUUCUGUAUUCUUUCAGUAACGGCUCAUCAGUGCAUUGUUCCAGGUAGUAUCUUGUUCUGCGACGAUGGGUCUUUGAUGGUUCGAAUUGCGCUGAGCCACCAUUGUCCCUUCUUUCCAUAUUCGCGUCUCCUUGUUGAGCACAUCCUUUGUCCGUUAUUCACGUCGUAUCAAAUCAUU